AUGUUUGCCUCGUUGCAGUGCCAAGUUGAUACUCUACACGUACGGUCUGUGGGCCACAUUCCUCUGGGCUAUAUAAACAAUGAGGAAGCCAUACCAAACGUCGUAUUCGACGGUCUCAAUCUGUCUGAUACGCCCUUUGUCCACAAGGCCACUCGUGAUAUCUCGCAUUUGAGCGAAACACUUCCGACCAGUCGACAAACAGUCAUUGGCGAUCUGGGUAAUGCGAUUCCCGAGGUUCCAGUUCCAUUCUUCUUCGAGAGUGUCUGUCCACGGAUAUUUUCUCAGGACGAUGCGCUGGUCGACAAGGUUCUGAGUCGGCUGACUGUAGGCCCCAACAAGAUUAUAGACGAUGAGACAGGAAGAUGGACGGACUUUGUGAUCCUCCCUAGCGCAUCGACAAAGCACGAGGACCCCACGUUCAAGCCUCUAGAAAACUUGAUGAAGGCUAUCGGAGACGCCGCGAAGGAUGAAGACCCUGGCUUUAAAUGCAAUCUAGUCUUUCAAAACUCUCCAUAUAUAUCACCUGUGUCAGCUCACUGGAAUUCUACCUCACGCCCUGAUGGGUACUUUCGUGUUAGUGGGCCAGGGAAGAAGCCGCACUGGAAGGAUAUUGCAUUGUGUGCGGAAUAUAAAAAAUACGCUCUAAAGGAGACAAAAGAUGAUGUAGUGGCUAAGGUGAUUUGGGGGAUGCACCACUGUAUGAGGGAAGAUCCACGAAGGCGCUUUACUUUUGGGUUGACGGUUGAAGACUCUGAGAUGCGGUUGUGGUAUGUGAGCCGGACCGACGUAAUGGUCACACAAGCAUUUGACUUCUUGAUGGAUCACAGAACUUUGAUUCAUCUGGCACUUGCAUUCCUGAACGCUGAUCCACAAGAAGCCGGCUGGGAUCCAACGAUGAAACCUGUCAUGGGCCGCAAUGGUAAACCUCUGCUCGGUGGCGACUGUAAGCCUCGAUUCGAUAUUACAGUUCACGCGAAGGAUGGAUCAGAGGCUAUCUUUCGCACAACACGCCUGAUCUCCUUCAUAGGAACAGCGUCUAUGCAGGGGCGGGGUACGCGAGUCUGGGAAGCAAAAAGGCUCAAAGAUGGCAGGGAGUCUGGGGAGCCUCUCGUACUGAAGGACUGUUGGGUCGACGCUGAUCGACUACGAGAGGGGACAACAAUUAGGAUGAUUCGAGAAGCUGACAUUAGUGAAGAGGGUCGGAAAGUGCUCGAUGACCAUAUUCUGACAGUCGUCUGCCACGGCGAUGUACAAACGAAGAGUGGUAUUGUCGAUCAUACGCGAGACUUGCUGACGAGGGGCAAGGAGGUCUCACUGAAAGAUGGCCAGUUCCUCUUGCGGACUCAUUUUGUGACUCUGGCGCAGGCGAUGUCCCAUGAUGCGGGCCAAAGCAGCUGUCCUUCCGAUAUGCCAUCGGGAUCGGGUAGAAAACAAGGAUCACGCCUCUCAGGUGUCAAACAUGGAUCCAAUACUGCGCCGAAGGGUGAUGCGGGACACCAUCGCGGUCACGACGGGUUGUCUGAAGCUGUCCAGCAUCGCAGAUACUAUCAGUAUCAUCCCAGGGUUCAUUAUCGUAUCGUCUUCAAGGAGACGGCUUUAGUGUUGCGAUUUCUGCACGAAGCCGGUUGGGUUCAUCGGGAUUUAAGCACAGGGAAUAUCCUCGUGUUGAACGGGAAGGUCAGGCUGGCGGAUUUUGAGUAUGCCAAACGACUAGAUGAAUCUAGUCCUUCUCAUGACAUUCGGACAGGUACAGCCGACUUCAUGUCCAUUGAGGUCGAUGACCAGGAUUAUUUCUUCUUGGUCCAAGAAUCCAACGACGCGAAAAUCAAGACUGACGAUCUCUUGGACGAUCUCUCUGAUGAUGAAUCGCCACAGGUUCCAUUAGAAACAGUGGAAGUCAUGUUUCGAUACAACCCCCUUCACGAUUUCGAGUCUCUGUGGUGGAUUUCAGUUUACUUUUUGUUCAACAAGAGGAUCAAAACUGUCGACGAAGCUCCUCCACCACCUCAUGAUUAUAGUCAACAGAGGUCCUUUGCUGCCGACAUCUUCUAUUCGCUACCCCGGAGACAAGUUGCCCUGAUAAAUCAUUACACUUUUGAAAAGGCGGUGGGAUCCCUUUCUCCUGUCCUGGCCAAGUUUGGAAAAUCUGUCAAUGUGCUUAGAACAAGAAUUGUGGAUCGUUAUGGAGAUAUCGAGAAGAAUCCACAGAACAUACCUAGCAGCACAGCUGCAGGUGAGGUCCCCAUAGACUUUAUCAAGAUUCUCGGAAAACUUGGGCAGCGUCGCGUGCAAUGCCUAAUCGGCCCUCUUCCCGACCUCGAUGAGGGCGUUAUCAAAGUGCCAACUAAAGCAGGUGAAACGGCUACAAAUUCGACCGAAAGUCGACGGCCCAAACCUACCGAUGACGAUCUCAAAGUACGCGGUAUUCGAGACGGUGGUACACGAAAAGACGAGGGAAAGACGGAACCGAUUCGACACCCCCUUCAAGAUCCUCCCACUGGGCAUCAGACUUUCGGUGCGAGGAAUAUGAGAGCAGAAGGACUCAAGCAUCCGAUGCAGACCAGAUCUAAAGCUAAACAAUUUGCUGCCGAGGCUCAAAGGCAAUGA